AACGGCAACAGCAGCAGUAGCAGGAACAAUUACAACAGCACCAGCAGCAGUUAUCAGCAGUAGCUGAGUUCAGUUUGUUCAAACUAAAUCAUUUAGCUUUCGUUAUUCGUUUGAAGAGCCUCCAGUCUCGUAUAGUUCCUACUGUAAAGCGAAGAACAAUGCCGUCAUUUGCAACAAUGAAAAGCUUUGGAUUCGGUCUACGCACCUUUAAACGCUUCCCUGAGCUUCUUCCAUUGGUGGGUUUCAUAACAUUUGCCGUAACAAUGGGAUCGUCUUUCGCUGUGUACAGCUUAUUAACGAAACCCGACGUCCGAUUAUUCGGUCGAGAUACUGAAAUGCCGUAUGAUCUUGUGAAACCAACAGAAAGCCGGAAGCUGGUGAACAUCAAUGAAAAAUAUGUACCAAUUCCAGAACUGGAGCAGCUCAAGAAAGAAAUUGGCAGCUUCAAGAAUUAACAUGUACCACCCUUCGUCAUAGGCAUUGAUAUAUAAUUAUACACAUACAUACAUAUAUAUAUAUAUAUAUAUAUAUAUAUAUAUAUAUAUAUAUUCCUGCUUAUGUACGUACA